GUCAAAGGCAUGGAGGACUUUCCUUGGAGGCAAUGCCGCAAGCGUUUUCGAUCUCUUGUUUUCUCAGAAUCUCUCUCUAUAAAUACAAUAACCCCAUUUUUCUCUCUCUCUCUACAAGCACCAAUUCCUCGCCAACCUCGCAUACACUCUCCAUGGAUUGGUUCAACAACAGAGAAAGCAAGAUCAAGAAAAAUAAGGACGGCAAGAAUAGCAAUAUUACGAAUGACAACAACACCAAGAAGAAGAAGAAGAACAGGUACUUGACGUGCUUUAGACCCGACUCCAUGGAGGGUUUCUUGUUCCCCAAGCAAUUGUCGCCGCCUUUGACACUGGUUAAAAAAGAAGAACAAGAAAAAGAUGGUGGUGGCGGGAGAAAGAAACACAGGAAUGCUAGGCUUUCGAGAAUUUUGAAAGCGAUUUUUAACGGCACAUUCCUGGCAAAGAAAGUUAGGAAAAGAAAGUGUAUACAAAACUCUUUCACACCAGAGACCAACAUUAUUGCAACAAAGACUACUGUUAAAACAGAUUCGAUGAAACAAGAGGACAUCAAACUUGGAAAUAAUUCGAAUCUAAAUUCGACGCCUUCGCCUAAGCAGUGGCAGGACAAGCACACCAAUAUUGUGGAAGAAAAUGAAGAAGAACGCUGUGGUUCUUUAUCUAAGCAGAUAGUGCAGGACAAGGACAACAAUAUUGUGGAAGAAAAUACUAAUGGAGAAGGACGUUAUUGUUGUAUCAUUGCUUUGAGUUUCCCUCUUAUUAGUCUAUUGGGUUCGAUUUAUUGGAAUAAGGUUCUCUCAUUUUUCUGUACAGCCACGGGGUUUUUCUUGAUUCGUUGGAGCAGUAGAUACAUUCUGCCCAAACAUAAGUUAAAGUUAAAGUCUGGCGGACUCGGAUAAACAACUGUUGCAAAGUAACAGUGCUCGCUGAAGAUAGUAGUUUUGAAAAAGGGAUAUAGAUAGCUGAACAUAUAUAAGAGCAAAUCUUUUAGAGGAGCCAAAACAUGGUGUUAUUUUUUAGUUUUUGGCUUUGUAUAUGUCCAGGUCUUUCCUAUUAGCUAGCUCUAGCUUCGAGAAGACCCUCUUUUUUAUUUUUAUUUUUUGUUUUAGUUAAUAAAUUUUUAG